CAGAAAAUGGGCUGUUCUCAGUUGUGCUGAAAGCGCCGUCCAACACGUGAGGCUCAUGUGACGGAGGUAGGUCAGUCUCUGAGCGAGAGUCACAGGGUUUAUUUAACACGUAGCUCAAUCCACCCACUCUCAUACAUUUAACCAAGACGCAACGUCGGAACUACCGCUGGCUACGUCUGGAUCGCGCGGUGGCAACAUCGUCCACUUUCCUAGUCUCUGAGAAAAUAGUACGAACAAACCAAUGAUGACAACAGAAAGCGAAUUAAACAAAUCAGAUUAUUAACCUGAAGUUGCAAGAACAGGCGCAAACGUUACUGCAAGGGCAUUCGCUCGCUAAAAUUUUUAACAGAAGAGUACAUUUUAUGUAUUCUGAUUGAAUAAUUCGAAAAAAUCUACUUGCCUUCGUUCUUUUUUUGGGAUUGUCAAAGGAAGAAAAUGGAAAGGAUUACUAGUGCGCAACCACCUCCUUGUAUGGCAAAACACCCGUCUCUGGACAUGUCUGACAUGCAAGGGAUGGACUUCCCUAUGUACGUGUAUAAGCCUAGAAGAGGAGUGAAGCGCGGGGAGGACAGUAAGGAAACUUACAAGCUGCCCCAUCGACUAAUUGAGAAGAAAAGACGUGACAGAAUAAACGAGUGCAUUGCUCAACUGAAGGAUUUAUUGCCGGAGCACCUUAAACUUACAACGCUGGGCCAUCUGGAGAAAGCUGUGGUAUUGGAACUCACCCUCAAGCACGUGAAAGCCCUGACCGCUCUGCUGGAACAACAGCAGCAGAAAAUCAUGGCCCUGCAGAACGGCAUGCAAAUUGGUGAACAGCCCCCUCCCAGUCCCGAGAGCAGUGAGGAGAUGUUCCGCUCAGGGUUCCACAUGUGUGCCAAGGAGGUCCUCCAGUACCUGGCUAACCAGGAGGGCGGGAGAGAUGUCACGCCCUCCCACAUGAUCAGCCACCUGCACAAAGUGGUGUCGGAGGUGCUGCAGGGCGUCCCCAGCCCCCGCGCGGAGGAGCAGCCCGUCCACAGGGCGGCGCCCGAACGCAAGGAGAAGCCGGCGGGGCCGCUGCCCAAGGGGACGGAGGGCCACGGGAGGAACUGCGUGCCCGUCAUCCAGAGGACUUACCCGCAGGGCGGCAGCGAGCAGAGCGGCAGCGACACGGACACCGACAGCGGCUAUGGCGGCGAGCUGGAGAAGGGCGACUCCAAGGCCGAGCGGGCCGGCUACUACGGCAAGGAGUGCCAGCUGAAAUACGCGCUGGCCGACCGGAUGGCGAGCGCCAUCAAGCAGGAGAGCGACGAGCCACAGGCCAAGCGCCUGAGGGCCGAGUCCUCGGAGGACGAGUCCCUCUCCGGGGUGGAGGUGCUGGGUGGCCACGCCGGCUUCACGGGCUUCUCCCCCCACCAGCCGCCGCUCUGCAUGCCCUUCUACCUCAUCCCCCCCUCUGCCGCAGCCUACCUGCCCAUGCUGGAGAAGUGCUGGUACCCCGGGGCUAUGCCCGUUUUAUACCCUGGCCUCGGCGGCUCGGGACCGGGCAUGUCCCCGGAGAAGCAUGCCCAGUCCCUCCUGAUGUCACCCAGGGUGGGCUCCCCUGUGGCCCCUCCAACCCCCAUGGACUCCCCUGCACUGCUUCAAGCUUUAAAGCAAGUCCCCCCCUUGAACUUGGAAACCAAAGACUGAGAACCUUUUUUUCCCCCCUAGCUCGCGUUCCAAGCGUUUGUACUGUCGAAGAUAGCCUGCUGGUAAACUAUUAAAGGUAGGAAGAGAACAAAACAGUAGAGGGCGCCCCCUGUCCUCCUUCAGCAGCAGGAGCAGUCCCCCUGAGCCCACACCACGAACAAACGUGCUGGCCCACACUCUCCACCCCCACAACCCAGAGAGAGAGAGAGAGAGAGAGCGCAAGAGGGAGUCAACACAGAUGAGGGUCUGUCCAUGUAGAUAUCAAGAGAGCCUGCAACCACUGCUCCACAGAGACACUGGUAAAAAAAAAACUGAAAGGUGUGGAUGUGGAUACAUUCGGAGGGCCAAAAAAAAAAAAAGAUAUGGUGUUGAAUGGAGAGGGUUCCUCUGCAAUUUGUGUUGAAUGUCAGAGUCGAAGUGCUGAAUGUGAUUGCCCCCAGUGAUCAGGACCUGCCCUUUGCACAUGUACGCCUCGGUUGAAUGUAAAAUGAAAACCCUGUAGAUGCUGCUUUUGUGAUGUUGGGGGGGGGGGUUGAGAUCUCUCCUUCUUGUACAUGUAGCUGUUGAAACGGAAAACAGAUCUUUUCCCAAACCUGUCCACACCUAAUAUUCACCCCAGCAUCUGCCGUUGGUGUCUGAUUCGGUUGGUUAGAACGAUUACUGCAACAACUCUCCCCUCCCCAUCCAGCCCACCAGUUCACCUGCAAAAAUACACCAGAGUUUUAAAAAGCAAGGAUUCCCUCAAAACCUGGUAUGCACCAUUCUUGCAACAUGAAUUUGAGGGUGGGCAAUAACACAUAUGUUUUUUGUGUUAAGUUUCGAAUUCAUUACCAUUUGUACUGGUGAUCUUGUGAGAAAAUGAUGAUGGAUUCUCUUGUAAUUAUUUUGUUAAUAUUACUUGUACAUCUCUAUUUUUGAUACGUGUCCUAUAAAUUCUGUAAUACCAUUUUGACUAGAAGGAGGUUUAGAGAGCCAUUCAUUGUAUGCCAAGAGAACAUGUACAUAGCAUUGUUCUAGAUCUUGCAUCAUUCUCCAUAUUCAUCUCUGGUCAAAUGAAACCUGUCUGUUCAUGAUGUUGCCUUUACUUGUGAAAGCUGAUAAGCAGAUAUCAGAAGUUUAUUCAAUGUAUUUGUAUGAAUACUGGAGUACACAGUCAAGAAAGAAAAGUGAAUGUAAUGUUUUAAACAGAGGAUUAGUUUUGUAUAGGAAGAGGUACUUGGGAUUUUAUAUUUUGGGACCUACCAG